AUGUCUCUUUCCAAGAUUGCCACUCUUCUACUGGGCUCGGUCUCGCUGGUCGCUGGUCAUGGCUAUGUCUCGAGCAUCGAGGUGGACGGUACCACCUAUGGAGGGUAUUUGGUCGACACUUAUUACUUCGAAUCCGACCCGCCCGAGUUGAUCGCCUGGUCCACCAAUGCCACGGAUGAUGGCUAUGUGUCACCCUCCGACUACGAGAGCGUGAACAUCAUCUGCCACAAGGGGUCUGCGCCCGGCGCGUUGUCGGCCCCUGUCGCGCCCGGAGGCUGGGUGCAGAUGACCUGGAACACCUGGCCUACCGACCAUCACGGCCCCGUCAUCACGUAUAUGGCCAAUUGCCACGGUUCUUGUGCUGAUGUGGACAAGACCACCCUGGAAUUCUUCAAGAUCGAUGCGGGCGGCCUGAUCGAUGACACGGACGUGCCUGGAACUUGGGCGACCGAUGAGCUCAUUGAAGAUAGCUACAGCCGCAACAUCACAAUCCCCAGCGAUAUUGCCCCGGGAUACUAUGUUUUGCGACACGAGAUCAUUGCCCUACACAGCGCCGAGAACCUGGACGGAGCCCAGAACUACCCCCAGUGCAUCAAUCUGGAAGUCACGGGCAGCGAGACAGCGACCCCAAGUGGCACCCUGGGCACUGCUCUGUACAAGGAGACCGACCCCGGGAUCUACGUUGACAUCUGGAACACGUUGAGCACGUAUACGAUUCCCGGCCCCGCACUGUACACUGCUGGUAGCACUGCGACCGCGGCCGCUGCUGCCGAUACCACCACCACUUCUGCUGGUACCCCUGCUGAGGCCACCACCGCUGCCGCCAUCGUGAGUACGACCGCGGAGGCUGUUCCGACCGCGUCUUCGGCUCCUUCCGAGACCAGUGCGACUACCGCGAUCUCUGCCCAGCCAACCGCCGGUAGCGACAUCAGCUUCCAGCCCGGUCAAGUCAAAGCUGGUGCUUCAGUCGACAACUCGGCUACUGAGGGUUCCUCUGGUGAACCUGCCACGACGGCCACGACUUCGGUGGCCACUGCGGCUUCGGGCUCGGCUUCGUCGACGACCUCUGGGGUUUUGAGUGGCGCCUGCAGCCAGGAGGGCUACUGGUACUGCAACGGGGGCAGUGCGUUCCAGCGCUGCGUCAACGGGGAAUGGGAUGCGUCCCAGAGUGUGGCUGCGGGCACGGUCUGCACCGCCGGGAUCUCAGAGACCAUCACCAUUUCAGCCGCCGCCACGCGCCGGGAUGCCAUGCGUCGUCAUCUGGCGCGUCCCAAGCGUCACUGA